GCGUAGCAGCAUGGUAUGGUACCAGUGACUGAGAACUCCCCCGAAACAUGAAGAAGCAUCCUCACAUCCUCACGUGCGUCCUACUCCUGCUGCCACUGACGUUGGGACUCAGCCUGCAGGAGGACGACCUGGUCUUCGACGAUGUCGGCGAGGAUAACGGCAACGACAACGUACCUCUCGGGACCGUCCUGAUAAAUCAUCAUACGUCCCGCGGUCGAGCCGAUCGUUACGAGCACGGAUCGUCUCGUGAUGGCAGGAGGCACGCCUCUCGAGUCGAAAGGGCAUGGGGCGUGCCGGACUCUGUCGUCCCGGUCGGCCACGUCUUCAGGAUGAAAAUACCGCGGCAGGCUUUUUCGGGAAGCGUAGAUUUUUACGAGGUUCACGAGACUACGGAUCGCGAUCGUUUCCCGCGAUGGAUGCACUGGGACGACGCCGCUUCCACCCUCCUGGGCGUGCCGUCGAAAAAGGACAUGGGCAAUUAUCACCUGAGCGUCACGGCUGUCGGCAAGCACCGUGACACCGCCAAGGAUCAAUUCGUCGUGCAAGUUAUAGCCGAGAAGCUGGAGGAGCUGAAGCAUAAGGACGGCAAGACGCAUUGCGACGACGGAGAGGACCAGACAAUCCUUGCAAUUCUACUGGACGCGCGGAUGGAUCAACUCUCGCCUACCGUCAGGGUGAAUGCCAUCGAAAACCUCGCGGGAUUUCUGGGAAUGCACACGAGCGCAUUCUCGAUGCAUUCUCAAAGCGUUAAGGAUGCCACCGCGCUGGAUUCUUCCGUCAUCUUCACCGGACCCGGGAACGUUAGGCAUCAUAAAAACAAAGAGAGUCAUUUGACUACCAUCCAAUGGCAGGUUGGCUGCGACGGUCACUUAUGGAAGCAUCAAACAGAGUUAGUGAAACAGUUACGCGAGCAAGCGAAAGACGGUACUCUAGCGGAAGUUCUGCAGCUUCCUGUGAUGUCGUGGCGCGUUAGAACAGAUUUGAACUCCUUCCUGAGAAACAGACGGGAAGCCGGCUCCGGCGACUACGGCGAUUCGGACGACUACGGCGGUUACGAUGAUGAUUACGAUGGCGAUUACGACGAGGAAGACGAGGAAGAAGAUAACGAGGACUCCCGAGUACCGCCGACUUUCAUGCCGGACUUGAAACACCCACACCGGCAUCAUCACGGCGAGGAUACGAUCGAUUGGAAGGGCGAAGACAUCGAUGAAGAAGAGAUAAUACCGAGAAUGAGUCAAAGUGAAUUAGAAAAUAAUAAAAAUACAUCUACGACAAGAACCACUGAACUUACUACAUCAUCACCAUCAACAACUACAACUACCCCCACCACCACGACGACAACUACAACCACCACCCAAGCCGCGCCAACGACCGUAACUUCUACUAGUAGCACCACAACGACCGUCACAUCAGCCGAUAUAACAGCAACAGCUAGUAUCUCCACUGCUGUAGCCCCAUCGAUAGAGUCUCCGCGAUCGGAGACCACGGAUGAGGAAUCGUCGACGGAGAGAACGAGACCCGUGGAAUCCGCCGAACCCGUUACUGUUUUACCAACCAUUCCUUCGGACAUCACCACGACCCCUCUUCCCGUAACCACUCUGCCGCCUUUUAGCACGUCGGCCAUCCAGACUAGUAUCUCUGACAAAAUCGAAACGGAGAUCGUCAUUGGUAUUACUAAUGUUACGACGGAAGAGCCGGAACAAACUACAACUUCCACGAGGGAACCGACUAUUGUACCAACAUUGAAUAUUAUCAAUGCUAUGGACAUUGGCACCACCACUCCUUCACCUGCAGUCGUAACGAAUGUUAGCGCCUCUAUUAUCACGCCUGUAGUUGUAACGAAUGACACAGCUACGACUACGAUGACGAUGCCGUCAACACCGGAUCUUCGCACAACGACGUUGAACACAACACCGUCCACUACGUCCAGCACGACCACGACUACUACUACGACUACGACUACUACCGCGGCACCUACAACCACCACAACAACGACGACAGCUCGGAUUACCACGGAGAGUAUCGAAUAUGGCCAAGUCAACUUCCCACCGACACGCGACAGAAGAUUAAAAAAGAUACCGGUGACUGCCGGCAAACCGUUGAGCUAUGUUAUACCGGCCAAUACCUUCAUGGAUGUCGAAGAUGGCGAUACGAGGCACCUGAAGUUGAGCUUGUACUGGCAAGGUGUACCGAUCAAAACAACUCACUGGCUCCAGUUCAAUCAUCAUACCCAGGAAGUCUAUGGAUUGCCUCUUGAAAACGAUAUAUCUACCUGGAAUUACGAACUGGUUGCCGUGGAUAGUGAAGGCGCUAAUGUCUCCGACGAUCUCGACAUUCACGUUCAACAACACAAGCUGAGUCGUAGCGUCAAUCACGAAUUCAACAUUUACUUGAGAAUUGACAAACGAAACGAAUUCCCAACUGAUGUUGACUGGGAACUCAAGGUGAUCCGAAGCUUGGCUGAACUUUACGGAGACAGCGACACUCAACAUAUCACGGUUCGUUCCAUUGAUAUCAACACCGAUCGUGAGCAAGCCAUUUUCACAUGGACUAACGAUAGUCUUCCAAGAAGCAGCGAAUGUCCGAGAGAACAUAUAAACAGAUUAUUGCGCGUACUCGUCGACAGUGAUGGAGAUCCGUCGUCUUCUCUAAAAGCAGUUCUUGCUCCAGAAAUUAGGGUAAAACGUGUCGUGUACAAAGGAAUUGGACAAUGUGAGGAUAUGAAACGACCCGAGGUACCGAAAGUUUCUACCGAAGAGCCGAAAGUUAAUCUCCCGCCAGUACCGAGAAACCAAGUCGAUCUUGUUAACGCGACAGUUGGCCAGUUGCUCGUGUUUAAAGUGCCAGAAGAUACAUUCUUUGAUGCUGAGGAUGGAUCGUCGCGAAACAUGAAGAUGUCACUUUUGACCAUCGAUCGAAGACCUAUUCCAUCUUACGAGUGGCUGCAGUUUGAUAGCAAGAAUCAGGAAUUUUAUGGCGUGCCAAUGAGUACUCAUAUUGGUCGCAAGGAAUAUCAGUUGGUUGUCACUGAUAAAGAAGGUGCAAGCGCCACAGAUGGAUUGGUCGUUGUUGUUCAUCCGGCACCUUUCAUGUUACACACGGUGGAGUUUUCGAUGACGCUGGAUAUUCCUUACGAUUCCUUCGCGCAUUCUGCGCUUCAGAAGCGUAAUUUUAUUGAGAAAUUGCGCGAUCUCUACGGGGACAGAGAUACGAAUGCUAUCUUGCUGCACAACAUCUCGAAUGGCAGUACCGUCAUCACGUGGUACAACAGAACUCUACCUACGACGUAUUGCGCUCACGAGGAGGUCAAUAGGCUGCGAUCCGUGCUUGUGAAGAGCGAUAAUGAUCGGCGUUCCGUGACGGACGAGGUAUUAGACGUGAUGGGUCUGAAGUUUCCGGUGAAGCAGAUCACGGUGAUCCCGAUGGGUAUCUGCCUCGGCGAAUUAACGGGCGUUCACUCGCCGGACAGUCAUGUACCACCCGUGGAUGAUUCCACAUCUGUCGGAGCGUUCCAUGACGAUUACCUUCUCACCUUCGUCCUGCCUGCGAUUAUUAUCGCCGCUAUGCUCAUCCUGGCGGGAAUAAUCGCGUGCGUGCUACACAGACGACGACGCAGUGGAAAGAUGAGCGUCAGUGAACAAGAUGAUGAGCGACAGAGUUUCCGGAGCAAGGGAAUUCCCGUGAUUUUCCAGGACGAGCUGGACGAGAAACCGGAUCCCGGCAAUAAGUCACCCGUCAUUCUGAAGGAGGAAAAGCCACCUCUUCCACCGCCCGAAUAUCAGAAAGCCGAGGAUGGCGCCGACGUGCCGAUGCUGGCGAAGGAGAACUCCGAGGAGCCGUACCAACCGCCGCCACCGUUCGCCACGAAUCGCGACACCAAUCGGCAAAAUCGUCCUAAACCCACUCCAACGUACAGGAAACCGCCCCCCUACGUGCCUCCCUAACAAAAUACGGUGCACUCGCCUACGCGUAAAUAUAUGCUAGCAAUGCUCGGAGACUCACCGAUACACAAGCAAAACCAAAUUAAUUAUAAAAAGCAAUCUCGAAUUGGCGACGACGACGACGACGAUCGUGGGACUCUGAACGUUUAUAGCGACGUUUGAACGAAGGCCCUUCUCCAUUCACCCGGUAUGAGACAAUAUACUGCUUUGCGAGGCGUGAAUGGAAGAUUCUUCCGCGAGAACAUUCUCCGAAUCCGCGCGCGUUUUUACUUAUUUUAUAUAUGUAUCAGCAACGGCACGUCUCACCAUCGAUUUAACGAAAAAAAAAA